AUGACGAGCAUUUGCAUUAUAUUGUGCAACAAGUGCGACAAGUUGUCGAUUGCCCACGAAAGCGAAGUUGAACGCACGAGCGAAGCGACUAUGAUAGAAAAAAUGAGAUCAUUCGAACGCAAAUGCUUUAGAACUUGUUUAAAAAUGUACAGAACUGAAACAUCUGAUUACAAAAAAUAUAUUAAAAAUCAAACCUUAUACGACAAAGCUAACAUCCCCAGAAUUGACUCACACAUUUUACAUCUAAUCAGAAAUCAUUGGGCUAACUCAUCAAAAAUUCUAACAAACUCAAAUAUUAACAAGUCCUUGAUACCAAAACAGCAAUACAUUGAAAAAUCGUUAAAAAAAGGCUACGUGCCUCCAGAGGCUUUUUUCUACCUGGACAAAAAUAAUUACCUGCAAGACCGACAAAACCUAAACACAGCAACAGAUAACCCGAAAUGGCGUUUUGACAUGUCAAUUCCAACAAAAGACAGAAAAAAUAUUGAAAGAAAAAAUACAGAAAAAUAUUGGUGGUUGAAAUAA